UCCAUAUUUCUCUCUCCAGGAACGCAGAGAGAGAAAGUGAAGAAAAGGAAACAAAGGGAAACGGAAAAAGAGUGUGGGAUCAGGUGGUGGUCACGUUGGUAAAUUUGGUCUCCUUCUUCUUCUUCUUCUUCUUCUUCUUCUUCUUCUUCUUCAUCCUCUUCUUCUUCGUCGCUUCCUUUUCUUUUGACUCUUCAAUUUCUAUUCAUAUUACCUCUUUUCUUCUCUUCCAGAAUUCUCCUAUUCAUUUUUAUUUCCCUCUCCUCGAUCACCUUCCCGGAAUUCUCAAAUUCUCAAUACAAGAUCUGUCACAGACCAAACCCUUUCUCUAAAUUUCAGGUUUUUGCAACGUUGGUAAUUUUCUUUUUCUUCCUUUUUUUUUCUUAUAUAAAUGCUAAAUCCGCAACUGGGAUUUUGAUCAGUUUCUAGUUUUUUUUUUAAGGGUGGGAUCGGAUUAAGUAUUUGGUUUAGAAAACAAUGAAUUAUGAUCCUACUAUGAGUCACCUGCAACUGAGCUUUCCCGGCGAUUCUUUUGAAUUAUUUUCUUGAUUCUCCGAUAAAUUCUUCAAUUAUAGUUUGACUAUUAUAAUAAAAUUAACUACCCAUUUCAUAUCACAUUUCUGUUUUUCUUGAUUCUUUAAUAUAACCCUCCUGUGUUAGCCCUUCUUCAUUUUGAUCAUAACCUGAAACCGAAAAGAAAAAAAAAACGUUUCAUAUUUGUCGGUUUCUGAGCUGAUGGGUUGCGCCAGCUCCAAGGAAAAACGAUGCCGGCACUGCCGGAGACCUUAUUCGCCGGUGAGCCGGAGUUACUCGAUGCACGUGCAUCACCCGGCGCAGCACAGUGGCGAUAGCUACCACGUUGUGGCGCUCACAUCUACCACCUUGGGAUCUAUUAAGCUCGAUUGCAUUAAUCAAACCAAUCACUGUAUCGACGUACCAGCCACCGCCACCACCACCACUACCACCUUCAACAAAAUUCUCAAUGGGUAUGAUGAGAAGAAGGGGGAAAGCAAUGGGAAGUUACAGGUCGAAGAAGAGAAAUGCAAGUUAAUGGAGGCCAAGUCAUGGUCGAACAUGGUGGCUGAGAAAAUCCCAAAAAUUAUUCCACGGACUCCAAUCAGAACACCACCCGGGGAGCCUGAGACAAUCAACGCAUGGGAAUUAAUGGAGGGUCUUGAAGAUGUUAGUCCUUUCCGUUCUCCUACUCAUCAACGCAGUUUCUCCUUUGAUGUUUGCAGGACACCAGCUGAUCCUGCCAAAUCAGAAUAUGGGUCGGCUUCACCAAAGCCUCUCUGGCUUCAAAUGACUGAGGAUGAUCAAAAUUCGAACACCGACAUUCCUGAAUUUGAUCCUGAAAUCAUUUCCACCUUCAGAAGAUCACUUCAAGAGCUACCACCAGAACACCCUUUUUAUAUUCCCGUGCCUGAUUGUGGAAAGAAGAGUAAUGGUAUUAUUAUUUCUUCAGAUUUCAAAGACAAGUUGAUUGUGUACUUCACUAGUCUUCGAGGAGUACGCAAGACAUAUGAAGAUUGCUGCCAUGUCAGGGUGAUACUAAAAAGCUUACGCCUUCGUCUUGAUGAGCGUGAUGUGUCUAUGCAUUCAAGAUUUAAGAUGAAUUAAUGGGAGCUGAUGGGAGAUGGGUACAAUGG